CUGAGCGCCGGAAACGGUGCAUGCGCUCGGGUUCAGCUCGGCGACUGUGCCGCGGAAAGGCGUGGGAUUGCACUCAUAAGGAAGGAGCACUGAGGAUCAUGCAGGCAGCUGCACCCCGAUCUCCCGCUGCGGUUCUUUGGGGGUUGAAUCGUUUGCUUCCGUCGUUGUUUCUUACUUCACUGCAUGUUUCUCGGUCUUUGCGCUCAAGCAUUCAGUUUGUCAUUCCCCGGUAGCCAGAAGUCCCAGCCCGCCCCCCAUCCAGCAUACCGGUCGACGCCUGUUGAUUUUUGGACGAAACUCCCAGUUAAUGGAUUGAAUGCGCUCUCAUACACACUGAACCAUGGCACCGUGCCUGGGCUCCGCAAUUGCAACCGUCGCCGGUGGCCGCGUAUAGGUAGAUCGGAACAUGGAUUUUCUUCCACACCCCACCUCCGGCGUUGAGCCCCUCGAUAUACCCUUCGUCGCCGACACGCCCUACGUCUUUGGCACCGAUUUCUGGGACUUCCCCAAGUUACACGGCUUUGGCGACCAAUGGGCCAGUCUGCCCUCUCCCCGCUUGGCUUCCCUAGCUCAGUCAUGGCUGUACUUUGGCACCAUCUCCGAGUUUCUGGGUAGGCCCAUUGACUAUCGCGAAUUUCAGGUCUCGCGGAGCGUCUCCGCAAAGCCCCUGCUCCCUCUGCUCAAUGAGUGGCUCGCCGCCCAUGCCAUCACAGCCCAGGGCUCGACGGCUCGAGAUGCACCCGAGACGGAGGACCAAAAGCAGGUGUUUUACGAGCACGCCAGGUUCCUCGACGCCGUCAGCCAGCUGGCCGAGGAUUUUGACAAGGUGUCACAGAGCCAUGUGAAGCCCACCCCGACCAUCAUCUUGUCUGUCAAGGUGCUCUGCAUUACAUUGAGGAGCGUGCUGUGGGAUCUAGCUCGCGGCGACCUGGACGAGUCUCUCCGCCCGUGGCCGUCACCUGUCACCCGCCUGUGCCGCGAAUUCGUGCCGGCGAGAGACACCCCCGGCAAGCAGACGCUCCCUCCCAGUGCGCAGUUGCUGUUAGAUGUGCUGCGCUUGCGCGGUUGGUGCCCGUUUUACGCGCGCAAGGCCCUCACUUCUUACAACUACGCGCUCGCCUAUUACUUCACUCGGCUCUUUCGAACCUACUCCCCCGGUCUGAGUCACCAGAGUUGCUCAGAUGAUGAGUGCGUCGCCAGCAAUGCCGACAUCUUCACUUACGUCCCGAAGCACGCCCGCCGGGGCUGUCUAUGCCAGCCCAAGUCAGCCCCGAUGGAUCAAAUCCGUGCUAUCAUCGAGGACGGCGGCGUCCCCCUGAUUCGGCUGAGGGGUUCUUCCAACUCGGGAGUCAGGAUGGAAGUCACCAGGAUGACUGCUUGGACCCGUUUCGUCGUAGUGUCCCACGUAUGGUCCGAAGGGAUCGGCAAUGCAAACACCAACGCGCUACCCGAAUGCCAGCUUCGGCGCCUCCAUGCGCACAUGAGCGAACUGAAGCCGUUGAGACGGACCGGCGACCGGGAUGCUGACUUUAACCUUCUGAGCUCCCUUGAUACGGGUUUCCAGUCGACAAGGGUGCGACGGCCGAGGUAUCUCUGGAUUGACGCUCUAUGCAUGCCUCCUGGGGGGCCAACUGCGUUCUUGAGACUCCGUGCCAUCAACAAACUGCCCGCCGUCUACCAAGCAGCUGAUCGAAUCUUGGCGUUGGACUCGACGAUGGAGCGGACAUCAGUAGUGGAUUCGGAUAGUCUCGAACAAUUUGCGAGGUUUGCUGUGAGCCCUUGGGUGGGGAGAUCCUGGACAUUUCAGGAGGCGGCGCUGGCCUCUGCGUGCGAGGUGCAGUGUUCUGAUGGCACUUUUGACGCCUUUUCACCGCAACCAAAGCAGAGGCUGGCCGCAGACACUGCAACUGCUAGGCGGAAACGACUCGCCUGGCUAGAGGCGCUCACUCGCCCUGCGGACUGGGCUGGGAGGAUGCUCUCUCAAAAACCGCGAACGGAGAUGAUGCAGUUAGCGCACGGCAGUUCCCCAAUGGGUGUCGACAUUAGCGCGUCGAUGGUCAAGAGCCUGACGCGGUCUCUCAGCGAAGAGUUUCGGUCGGCGUUUGCGAACGGAGUCAAGCCCAGCAGGGCUGCCCUUGGCAAAGGGAGACUGGCGCCCGACUUUUGCACGCUUUUUGUUCAGAUUUGGAAUGAACUGAGCAGGAGAGCGACGACGGUCCCAGGCGACAUGCACAUCAUCAUGGCCAACCUUCUUGGCUUCCAUUCGGGGCCACUUAUGCGACUCUCCAAGUCAGCAGAGCGCAUGUCAUGCAUCUUGCGGAGCAUGGACGGCAUCCCCGUCUCCUUACUAUUCAACCUGGAUGGGCCAAGGCAUAACCCAUCGAGGAACCAUCGUGACCGCUGGUUGCCCCUCUAUCCCUCGAGGCAGAAACUGACGUUUGGCUCGACGUUCACAAAUCUCCGAUCCAUCAAAGACGAUCUGUAUUUACCUAACAAUACCGUCAGCCGAAGGAAAAUCGCCGUUUUCGUGUGUACUGGCGAGGUCGACCCCUUUUCGAGCUGCACAUUCACAUUAUGGGAUGUCUCCUCAGCAGAGCGGUAUUCUGUUGUCAUCCACCGGCAAGAGGGGGAGAUGGAUGAAUUCGCGACACCGGACAUCGGUCCCUACUGCAUCGCCAUUCAGCUGGAAUCAGAACUCGGCCGGGUAUCGGACGGUCAUAUCGACGGUUUGGCCGCCGCCCCCAAGACCUUUGCCGGAGCACUGUUUCGCGUCCGGCGAGUCGUCUCCAACGUCAGAAAGCUUUAUCAUCACAACCUGGAAUCGGGCUACGAGAACUCGUUCGAGUUGGUCGAAGACGAGACAUAUGGCACAACCGACCUAGAGACAGCGAGCAAGCGAACAACAAGUUAUCUGGACGGUAACCUCGCGUCCGCCUUUGUGAACCACCACCGAGCAAUCCUACGCACCGUAUACGACUGUCCCCUGACAGUAUCCUGCGUCACCGGCAAAGGCGACUCCCUACAAUCCCCCUCAAAAUACAGCCCAACCCUUACCGCCCAACCACUCCCUGAAACCUGGCAACUGGUCAUCGAACGAGAGCCAGCAACCUACCUCUUCCCCCUCCCUACCCGAACCCCCUUCGCCGAAGCAAUCACGCCUGUAUCAGCUUACCUAGCCAUCACCGCCCUUGACGGGCUCGUCGCGUCGGGGUGUGUCGGCCUGGCGAUUGCGCUGUGCGCAACGAUGUUGUCUCGUCUCACACUCCUCGCGAAAGCCGCUGUCGUUGCCAAGUUGGGGCUGCACUCGGUGUUUCUGGUGCAAAUGUUCUUAUUUCCCGGGGUGGAGGUGAGACUGGUCUGGGAUGUGCUGCACCUGGCACUGGUAUCGCUGUAUACCUUCUCCCGGGUCGCCAUGGCUGGGGUCGGGCGGAUGGAUGUGCUCGACUGGUCGUUUAUUGCGUGGGCUUUUUUGGGGCAUGCGGUGGAUUUUGUCGGGAGGUUAGGGAUCCAGUGGGUUGUGGUGCCGAGGCUCUUUGAGAGGUAUCUGGGGAGCUUCGAUGGGGAUGCUUCUAAGGAAAACGACAUGAGGGACGGGGUCGGUGGGAUGAAGCGGAGUGGUAAGGGGUGGUGGUGGCAUCGGGCCUGGUUGAGACUCGGUUGGUCGUUUGGGUUGAGACGGCAGAAGGGGUAUUGGUAUCAUCAGGGACACGGUCGAGAGCAGCAUUUGAAGUACGGUAGGGAAGCGGUGCUUGUGAAUGGACAUGCGGAACAGCAUUUACUGGAGGAUAUGGAGCGACAGAUGUAGCUGUGCUGCAGACUUCUAUUAAUGAGAAAUCGAUAGCAUUGUCGGUUGAGGAUACCCAGGGUUGGAUGGCUUUGUAUCAUGGACGGAUAGGGGGUUUUGGCUCAGGAGUAUUUAUUUAGUGUCCUGUGCUUACUGUUCCCUGUAUAGUGGUUAUCUAUCGAGGAGAAGAUAGUGACGCUUGUGAGAGACAGGUGGCAUCAAGGCGAGGCACUGGGCACUGCAAAUGCCGACUCAAUUCUGCUAAUCGAAAGCUAAGGAAAGGAAGAGGAGAAUAUACAGGA